GGGGGCGCAGUUGCACGGUAAAGCAGGAAAUACAACUUCGGUGGCAGUUAAAUAGAAGAAGACUUAUUCAGCCAUUACAUUCACUCACAGGCAGGUCGGAACCGCUUGGUGGAGGACAGGUCAUUAGCAACCCAAGAAAAUGUUAUCCGUAAGAGUUGCAGCAGCUUUGGCCAGAACCCUGCCUAGGAGGGCUGGAUUUGUUUCUAAGACGGUGCCAGCCGCCUGGGUUGGGGUCAACCACCUCCACACACACAGACCAUGGCUGCAGAAGACUGGCACAGCUGAGGUGUCCUCAAUCCUGGAGGAGAAGAUCUUGGGAGCUGACACCUCUGCUGACCUAGAGGAGACUGGACGUGUGCUGUCCAUUGGUGAUGGUAUUGCCAGAGUGUACGGGCUGAGGAAUGUUCAGGCUGAAGAGAUGGUGGAAUUCUCCUCUGGUCUCAAAGGUAUGUCUCUGAACUUGGAGCCUGACAACGUUGGUGUUGUGGUGUUCGGUAAUGACAAGCUGAUCAAGGAGGGUGACAUCGUAAAGAGGACCGGGGCCAUUGUAGAUGUCCCUGUGGGCGAGGAGCUGCUUGGCCGUGUAGUGGACGCUCUGGGAAAUGCCAUCGAUGGAAAGGGUCCUUUGGGCUCUAAGAUCCGUAGGCGUGUUGGUUUGAAGGCCCCUGGCAUCAUCCCUCGUAUCUCUGUGAGGGAGCCCAUGCAGACUGGAAUCAAGGCUGUGGACAGUCUGGUGCCCAUCGGCCGUGGCCAGCGUGAGCUGAUCAUUGGUGACAGGCAGACUGGCAAAACUGCCAUUGCUAUCGACACCAUCAUCAACCAGAAGCGCUUCAAUGAGGGAACUGAUGAGAAGAAGAAGCUGUACUGCAUCUAUGUCGCCAUUGGUCAGAAGAGGUCCACUGUGGCUCAGCUGGUGAAGAGGCUGACUGAUGCCGACGCCAUGAAAUACACCAUCGUGGUGUCUGCCACCGCCUCCGAUGCUGCGCCCCUGCAGUACCUGGCUCCAUACUCUGGCUGCUCCAUGGGGGAGUACUUCAGGGACAACGGCAAGCACGCACUGAUCAUCUAUGAUGAUCUGUCCAAGCAGGCUGUUGCCUACCGUCAGAUGUCGCUGCUGCUGCGUCGUCCCCCCGGUCGUGAGGCUUACCCCGGAGACGUGUUCUACCUGCACUCCCGUCUGCUGGAGAGAGCUGCCAAGAUGAACGACAACUUUGGCGGCGGCUCCCUCACCGCCCUGCCCGUCAUCGAGACUCAGGCCGGCGACGUGUCCGCCUACAUCCCCACCAACGUCAUCUCCAUCACGGACGGGCAGAUCUUCUUGGAGACUGAGCUGUUCUACAAGGGUAUUCGCCCAGCUAUCAACGUGGGUCUGUCUGUGUCCAGAGUGGGUUCUGCUGCCCAGACCAAAGCCAUGAAGCAGGUGGCUGGUACCAUGAAGCUGGAGCUGGCUCAGUACCGUGAGGUGGCUGCUUUCGCUCAGUUCGGUUCUGACCUGGACGCUGCCACCCAGCAGCUCCUGAACAGAGGCGUCCGGCUCACUGAACUGCUGAAGCAGGGACAGUACUCUCCCAUGGCUAUUGAGGAGCAGGUGACAGUCAUCUAUGCUGGUGUCAGAGGUCACCUGGACAAGAUGGAGCCCAGCAAGAUCACAAAGUUCGAGAAGGCUUUCCUGCAGCACAUCCUCAGCCAGCACCAGGACCUGCUUUCAGCAAUCAAGACUGACGGAAAUAUCUCGGAGGCAUCAGAUGCUAAGUUGAAGCAGCUUGUUCUGAACUUCCUCUCCAGUUUUGAGUAGUGGAUUGCACUUGUUCCUGAUCUUCAGUGAGCUCCCUGUCUGUGCCCCCAUAAUGCUUAUAUAUGUGAACACACUGAAGGCCAAGACAUCCAUGUACAGAUUUCUCCAAAUAAAAUUUUACAACCCUGCUGUGGUGUAAAAAAAUCUUCUGAUUGUGGUCUUGACUACAGUUAAAAUUAGUGAGGUUCAUGGAGUUCAUUUCAGUUGUGGCAGAGGAGUUAUUAGCCCUGUUAAAAGGAGACUUUACUUUUCUGAGAACAUCAAAUGUUUCUGAAUGUUUCAGCGUACCACUUUCAUGAGUCCUGUUUACUGUAGCUGGUCAUAGAAGCAUCUCAUUAUUAGACAGGGAAAUGGAUGCCCCCUUCACCGAUUUCCUGCUGAGGUGUAGUUCUGGAUGAAAGGAGGUUCAUUGUUUGAUACUACAGUAAUAAAUUCUGUGACAUUGUCACAAACCAAACGCAUCUUGUCCUGUCUUCUGUUUGUAGGACAUGGUGAAAACAUAAAAUCUGUAAAUGAAAGUAUAUUUACUUGGAAGUAUUUCCAAAAUCUUUCUCCCACGCAAUUUGGUUUUGUUCAUUUUGUAGUAGUCGCAUAUCCAGCGUUUGGUGACGAGCCUGACCCGUCAGAGGGCCCUGGGCGGGACACAGGUGCGUCCAUCAGGGAAAGUUGAGUGUUUCAAGUUUAAAGAGGAGAAUAAAGAGAUUUUUUUUUUUUUUAAAGAAUACAUUUAUCAAAACCCACAAGGAUCGUACUACUGUCCAAAAUAUUUGAAACAUUUAGAAAUGACUUGAUGCCUCAUGACUGUUAUAACACUAAGUGGUGCUGAAGGUUUUUUUAAGAUUAUCCCAUUCAUAUUGGUGAAAACUGAAUUUGAGGAAAAAGCUGCACAUUAAAAAAAAAAAAAUCUAUAAGCUGAAAAUGCCAAAAGAUAAAA